AGAUUGAGAAACCAUAUUGCAUUAUCACCAGCUAGAAGAAUCAUAUACAGAGAUUCAAAUGGAUAUUCGAUUCCGAUUCGGAAGCUUUUUAACAUCUCGCAAUUUAUGGUCUACUUCAUCAAGGAUUCAAAAGCCUCUCAUCAAACCCUGUUGUUCUUCAAGGAGGGACUCCCAACAAAACGACGACGACGACGACAACAACAACAACAGAGAUUUUGAAGAAAACCCAGAUGGGUUGUGGCUGAAAUUCCAACAGAACCACAAUGUCUUGACAAAGGAAAGCAAACAUUGCAUUCAAAGUGAUAGAGAAAAUGUUCCGAGGGAAAAGCAGACCAAAGUUAACAUGGAAAGUGACGUGCCAAGCUUGUCUUUGUGGGUUACAUGGGAUUAUUAG